AUGGACGUGCCAACUGAUGCUGUGCAAUCUGCCGCCAGCGCUCGGACGGCGACACACACCUCGGGUGCCGUUCCAUCCCACCAGGAACAGUCUGACAACGAGGGACAAGAUCAAGACUUUCGAAACGCGCCUUUUGCUUGUAACGUGUGCAAGCGUUCAUACUCAAGAGUUGACCAUCUAGCGCGUCAUCAUCGGUCACAUACGCAAGAGAAACCUUUCCCGUGUGAGGUCUGCGGCAAAACUUUCGCCAGAGCCGACCUUGUGAAAAGACAUGCGGCGUGUCAUUCGGAAGGCACUAGCAAGAAAAGGAAGAGAAGAUCAUCGCUUAGUGGCAGGACCUCUGUUGCUUGCACUGCUUGCGCCGCCGCCAAGAUCAAAUGCGAGAACGACAAGCCUUGCCUUCGAUGUCUCAAAAAGGGCACACCGUGUAUCCCAGUGAACGAUGAAAUGCUUGCUCCGACAAGCAAUCCCGACGUAGAAGGCGACUUACCUGGUUAUGUCUUUGAACAACAUACGCCCCCGUUGUCAUCUGUACGGACUGAGUCAGUCAAGCAAUCUGGUCACGAUGCCGAGGAAAGUGCUUUGCAUCACAGUCAUGUUCUACCACAAUCUCCAAAUCAAAACUCGCGCUCAGGUCUCUACUCUGACUUCGACAAUCUCGGCACGCAAAUCCAUGAUAAUACACAGCAUGUAAUCGAAGACUUGCCCCAGGACGGCUUCAUGGCAGGACUGCCUUCUGCUGAUUUUCACCCGGACGACAGCUUCAUGCCUGAAGGGUUACACUUAGGAGACUUCCUGGCGGAUAUCAUGAUGUCUGUUUCACCGAAUCAACUAGAACUCGGCCUGGUUGGGAACAACACUACGGAUAUUCUGAUGCGUGACGUGUUUGAUUUUGGUAUCGAGAAAGAUCUCGACUUGAAUGCCAUCGAUUUCCAGCUGCUCAGUCAACCCCUCAUACCAGGCUCACCAACACAUCAAUUGACGGCUGCAGAUGAGAGCCUCUGUCCGCCGUCUCGUGCAGAAUACAACAAUGGCUCUGGAGUUGAUCCCGCAUCUGUUGAGGCAUUUCAAAAGUCUCUGUGGCGUUGGACGCCCGGUCAGACAGAUCAAGGUCAUUGCGAGCAGAUCAACCUUUCAUUACCCUACCAUGUUGGUGCUCCAAGCUCAUAUCCUUCCAGGCCCUGUGCAGAAGCUCUCAACCAAUUUGCACGUGACAGGAUGCUGGCGAUGGUACUUGAUACCUGUGAGCGCGACGCUGUGCCACGCAUAGUCACCUCAUUUCCUUCUGCUGAGCUCUUGGAUCAUCUCAUGCAGGAAUAUCUCUUCUUCCAUGACCAAGAACCUGACCCAUUUAUACAUGUUCCUACCUUUCAACCACAAUCUAUGCGCGCAGAGCUUGUGGCGUCGAUUGUAUUCUUUGGUGCAGUGCGCAGCCCUGUACCUUUGGUUCGUAAGCUGGGCUUUGCACUGCAAGAGUCUGUCCGUUUGGCUCUGCCGAAAGCAUUUGAAAGAGACAACAGUAUGACGCGAGACCUACAAGUUCUCCAAGCGAACAUCUUGGAGCUAAAGUUGGGUCUCUGGAGCGGCAACAGAAGAAAAAUGGAGAUAGCAGAAAGUCAUGGCCUACCUCUCAUCACUAUGCUUCGUAGGUCCGGCCGCUUCAAGCGCCGAAGACAACGUCCUGCAGCUCCGACGCCGGAAGACCCCCCGGAUGUUCUCGACUCCAAAUGGCGAGAGUGGGUUGAAGCGGAAAGUUUCAAGAGGCUAGUAUUUUUCGUUGCGGUAUAUGACGCUCAUCUAUCAAUGUCGUUUCACGUGCCGCCCCUGAUGAAGUAUGGAGAGAUGUCCCUGGAUCUACCAGCCUCAAUCGCGUUAUGGAAAGCAAAGACCGCAGCAGCAUGGAGAGACGAGUACUUGACCCAUGGACUUCCAGACAUCUGCCAAGCUCCCGCUGUCAUCGCUUGCGUACAUACAGCUCAUGACAUGCUGGAAGCACAAGACCGUAUCGACCUUGAGUUUUCAGUCAACAUAGCUUUGAGCAUGUUUUGGAAAGUAAUUUGGGACGCAAGGCAGCUACAAGCAGCCACAAGACCUUAUGCCGGGCGAUCAGUAACUGCGUCUCUGACUUCUGGUCACUGGCAGCACGAGCUAAGCCAGACUCUGCGGAACUUCUGCAUGAUCGUCGGAGAAGCUCAAGCUCUGUCUCCUGGUGCAAAUCUCUUGCAUGAAUAUUUGCAUCUGAACAUAUACGUAUCUUUCGACGAGCUCUCUCUCUUCGCUGGCAAGGAGGGGCAUCGAGAAGCUCGUCGAGUGUAUGCCUCUCUCAAACAAUGGGCAGACAGUCGAGAUGCUCGGCAGGCACUUUGGCACGCCGGUCAGGUCGUGCGAGAAGCUACCACCUUCGCUCCUGGUACAUUGUUCGGCUUCUAUGCCGUCGCAUUGUACCAUGCUGGCCUGACUUUGUGGGCUUACGGCCUCCUCACCAAUGGAGUUCGCCGGAUGCACGGACAAUCAGUCGGGCCUGGCUCAAGCUCAAAUCAUCAGAUACCAUCGGUCGACCCAAACGGCGUGGUGUUCCUCGACGGCAUUGAUUCAGGUGACACACAAAAGUUUGUAGCACUCAACCGAGCCACGCCAGUCAUUCAUCGUAGGGACACUGCAUCGGGGAACGCCAUCUCCGAUACAGUAGUCUAUCUCGAUGACCCAAAAGUAGUGAUGGCGACUAUCACAUCUAUCCUUCGGGAUCACUUCCACAACCUGAAGAUACUGCCUACUCUCGUCGAGAAUCUGAUUCAUCUGAUGGACGAUCUAGGCAAGGUGGCGACCACCAGAACUACAACGAAAUCUUGAGCCUCGAGUAGUGGGUUCACUUCUAGAUAGAAAAUUUCCAUUUUUCUGAC